CCCGCGCAAUAGCAUCCCAUAUAGCGUGGCACGUAGCUGUGGUGUUUGUCGGUAGCAGUAGUGUGUCGUUUUACUAUAAAACUUGUGAAUCGAGUGCGUUCCGAUCGAAUCCACCAUGGCCAGAAUCAGCGGACUCUUGCUCGUGGCGCUGACGAUCGUCGUGGCCGCGACCGAGGCCCAGUACAAUCCGUACAAUCAGGUGGUGCAGCCGCGCUACAAUCCGGACUACUACGGGCGCCGAUACGCCAUCCUCAGGCAGAAUCACGUGCAGGACAUCGACGGCCAUUACGCCUUCAGUUACGACACGGAGAACGGCAUCUCGGUGGCGGAGGAGGGCCGCCCGGUCAAUCGGGGCCCCUACGGCCGCGUCGAGGCGGUGCAGGGCCGCUUCAGCUACACGGCGCCCAACGGCCAGCCCAUCAGCGUGCAGUACGUCGCGGACGAGAACGGCUUCAGGGCGAGCGGCGCCCAUCUGCCCACGCCGCCGCCGAUCCCAGCGGCCAUUCAGCGAGCCCUGGCCUACAACGCGGCUCACCCGGAGGAGGAUCACGAUCCCUACGCCAGGUCGAAGCCGUUCUAAGAAGAUGAGGAAACGAUGAUUCGAAGGAGGAAGGAUGGGAAGGAAGAUGCCAAUUAAUUAAUUAACUAUCGAUUAAUAAUACUCGUGCCUAAACUGAACAAAACAAAAAAUGAAGAAAAAUAAUGUAUAUUAACCAAAGCUUCGUGGAUGCCUCUGUUUAAAUUAAUAUACAAGUACUGAUGUCUCUGUACAAUAAUUUUUAUAAUACAAAAUACAUACUGAUACCAAUAAAAGUCUCUUUUGU